AUGCGGCCCCGCCGCUCUUACCUGCGGCCCCGCCACCCUUACCUGCGGCCCCGCCACCCUUACCUGAAGCCCCGCCACCCUUACCUGCGACCCCGCCGCUCUUACCUGCGGCCCCCCCACUCUUACCUGCGGCCCCGCCGCACCUACCUGCGGCCCCACCGCCCUUACCUGCGGCCCCGUUGCCCCUACCUGCGGCCCCGCCUCCCUUGCCUGCAGCCCCGUUGCCUACUGAAGCGCCGCCCGCCACCCGAGCUGCCCGGGCUGCCAUACCCAGCCGAGCAGCCUACCGCCGCGCCGCCCUGCAGCCGACCGCCGAGCCGCCCAACAACCAAGCAGCCGAGCCGCCGCGCCGCCAAGCCGCCCUGCAGCCCAGCCGCCCAGCAGCCGAGCCGCUCAGCAGCCGAGCCGGCGUGCCGCCGAGCCGCCCAGCAGCCGGGCCACCGAGCCGCCCAGCCACCGAGCCGCCAAGCAGCCGAGCCGCCCACCAGCCGAGCCGCUCAGCAGCCGAGCCGCCCGCACCGCCGAGCCGCCAGAGCAGCGCCUCUUGUCCUCGCUUUUGACGCUGAGGGUCGGGCCAUUGACUUCGACGUCUGGAUAGAUGACCUGCAGCUUUUCUUACAGUGCGAUAGGGCAGACAGUCUCUCGCUCUUUGACUUCACCUCUGGUGCCUCUCCUGCCCCUGCUGCUGAUGCUGACGCCACUGUUCGCUCCCAGUGGGCCAGGCGUGAUGCUGCUGCACGUCUUGCUGUGAGUCGCCACCUCCCUACCUCUGAGCUCACUCGCCUCCCUGACUCCCUUCGCGUAGUCAGGGACCACAACCUCUCAAUCUGUCCCACCACUCUCACUGUUGACCUCCUCGAGAAGGCCCUCUUAGCAGCGGAGAAGAGUAAAGUCGCUGUAGGAGCCUCUCGUGGUGACCCACGCACCCCCAUCUUUGAGGGGUGUUCCCCCUCCCCCCUUCUGCCCUCUGUCGCCUCUGCUGCUGCGACCGAAGUUGUUGGGCUUGAGUCGGUCGGUGCGGCGUCUACCCCUAGCGGGAGACGCCGCUCUAGCAAGGGCAAGGGGGGCAGGGGCGCUGGAGGAGCUAGCGGGGGCGGUGGAGGCGGAGGUGGAGGCAGCGGGGGGAGUGGGGGUGGCGGUGGGGAUGGAGGUGUCGGUGGCGGAAGUGGAGGCGGAGGCGGCGGCGGUGGUGAUGGUGGGAGCGGAGGUGGCGGAGGUAGCGGCGGUGGAGGAGGCAGUGCCGGAGGAGGUGGAGCUGGUCGGGGUGGCACUACGCAGAGGGUCGGCUCCGGUAGUGGUCCGCGCCAGCCGCAGCAGCAGCAGCAGCGCGCUCAUGACACCCCCUCCCCUCAGCAGCUCCGUGAGUGGUACGCUUCACGCCAGCGGGGUGGGGGUACUGGUCCGUGCACCUACGUCCUGCGCACCGGCGACCGUGCGGGGGUAGCUAUCUUUGACCUUGACUUUGAUGUUAUUCUUGUUGUUAUGUAUACUGUGUCUAUUAGUGAGGAGGGUGACUGUUACCGGUGUUUCCCGCCCGACCUGGGCAUUGAGAUUGCUGCUCUAGGUGCUGGUGAGACUUAUGCUCUUGGUGCUAGCGAGGCUGCUGCUCUUGGUGCUAGUGCAUCAACUUCCUCAGGUACUGCGUCGGCUUCGGCCUCCCACACCUUCACACUUGACUUGGGGGCUUCUCGCUCCUUCUUUCAAGACCGCACCACACUCACGCCGCUUGGUCGGCCAAUUGCAGUCUCCCUGGUAGACCCCUCUAGGGGUCCUGUCCUUGCUCACUUCUCCACUGUCCUCCCUUCUCCGGCGGCCCCCUCUGGCACCCUGUCUGGUCUUUACUUCCCCUCGUUCUCUACGAACUUGGUGAGUGGUGCUGACCUACAGGAUGCGGGGGUGCACCAGUUCACUCCUGCGAAUCAGCGGGUGACCCACUGCACGGACGCUCUGACAGGCCGACACCUGGCCACGUUAACACGUCGGCCGGGGUCGAGCCUGUACACACUGACCACUGCGUCUCCUCCAGUCCCUACGUCUGGUCAGGUAGCUGCGUCGGGUCAGGUGUUAGCUGCAGCGUCCAGGUCUGGUCCUGAGUCUGCCCCCUGCUCGUGUCGCCUCUUGUCUCACGAGACUCUCCUCUGGCACCACCGCCUUGGUCACCCCUCCCUGCUUUGUCUCCGAAGCAUGGCCUCCCGUGUCCUUGGGCGGCAGCGCGCUACCCCUCACUCCUCCCAGUUUCCUCCGACAGAGGCCCCGCUGCAAACGCUUCACAUGGACGUGUGGGGCCCAGCCCACGUCCGUAGACACGGUCACGAGAGCUACUUCCUGCUGGUGGUUGACGACUUCUCGCGUUACACCUUAGUCUUCCCCUUGCGCAGCAAGGGUGAUGUCACUGAGGUGUUGAUCGACUGGAUCCGCGCAGCUCGUCUCCAGCUCAGGCGAGCUUCGGCUCGGACUUUCCUGUUCUGCGUCUGCACUCUGACAGAGGCGGAGAGUUCUCCUCUGGCCUUCUACGAGCCUACUGUCGUGUACGAGGCAUCCGCCAGACCUUCACGAUUCUGGCCUCUCCAUAGCAAAAUCAACCUUCAGCCCAGGGUCUCCAUGCCAGAGACCUCCGCAGCCUUGCUGUGGACGGGGAAGGUUGGCGAUGCGUCUGCGUUCUAUGUCUGGGGAUCUUGGGCGUUUGUCCGCGACUUGUUUGCGGACAAGCUGUCCCCUCGUGCUGCUCCUUGCGUCUUCCUGGGUUUUCCCCCUGACAUGCCAGGGUGGCAGUUCUACCACCCCACCUCUCGCCGUGUUGUGUCCUCCUAG